AUGAGGGGAUACGGAUUCACCGGUACCUGCGAUGCGUGGGGCGGUGGACAUGGACUCCGACUCUCUGAGCGCCUUGAGUAUGAAAUUCGGGUGAUCCUGCCCCUUCUCGUGCCACAGAAGCUCGACCGAGAGCGUCAAUGCAUCUCCUACGACCAUCAACACACUGUCUCGUUGGUCGGCUUCUCCUCGCCUGUUGAACUUUUCACUACCCUCUUCUCCUUCGCUGCUUCCCUAGCUCUCGCCAGCGCUGGGGUCGUCCAGAAGCGCCAGUUCGACGGCGACGUGGCCAUACUCAAGGUCUUCGACGACAAAACGGCGGACUGUACUACAGAUGAGCCGACUGUCACGAUCGGUGUUGGUCCCCUUGCAUUGGAUCAGUGUAUCCCCUUCUCUCAGGAAUACUGGAUUGUUUCUUACUCGUACCUUGAGUCUACUGGAUAUGACUUUGCUUUCUAUACCACAGACGAUUGCACCUCCACCCCUAACAAGGGCAACGUUGAGUCCUGCUACACCAGCCUCUCUGACAACCCUUGGCUGUCGUACAAGGUCGUCUCGCCUGGCAAUUCUCGAAACUAA